UCUACCUACUGAGAGAGAGCAGAGGAGAGCAUAGCUUUAGUGGAGGACACAAAGAAUUCAUGCCGAGGCAUCAACAUUCAGACCAUGGAAAUAACGCUGAAGGGUAUCCCUCUGAAGGUGGUGAAUAUUCCAUGGAGGAAUAAUAAUCUCAGUAAUCUGAAUACAGACCCUCCUCUGUCCGAACAAGGAGAGACCAUCAUUGGAGUCUACCUGUUAGUGUUGGGAUGGCUGUCCUGGUUUGGAAACAGUUUAGUGAUGUUUGUCCUGUACAGGCAGCGGGCCUCACUUCAACCAACAGAUGUCCUCACUCUAAAUCUUGCCAUCUCUGAUGCCAGCAUCUCAGUGUUUGGCUAUUCUAGAGGAAUCCUAGAAAUAUUCAAUAUCUUCAAGGAUGACAGGUUUUUGAUCACCUGGAUUUGGACCUGCCAGGUAGACGGCUUCUUCACGUUGCUCUUCGGCCUCGCAAGCAUCAACACCUUGACCGUUAUCAGCGUCACCCGCUACAUCAAGGGAUGCCACCCGAACAAAGCAAACUGCAUCAGCAUCAACACAAUUGCUGUGUCACUUAUCUGCAUUUGGACUGGAGCAACGUUUUGGUCCGGUGCUCCGCUGCUGGGCUGGGGAAGCUACACAGAUCGAGGGUAUGGCACGUGCGAGGUGGACUGGUCCAAAGCCAAUUACUCCACCAUUCACAAAUCCUACAUCGUCUCCAUUCUCAUCUUCUGCUUUUUCAUCCCGGUGAUGAUCAUGCUCUUCUCUUACGUCUCCAUUAUCAACACGGUGAAAAGCACCAACGCCAUGUCGGCCGACGGCUUUCUCACGACACGCCAAAGGAAGGUGGAGAGAGACGUCACGAGGAUUUCCAUUGUAAUCUGCACUGCUUUCAUCAUGGCCUGGUCACCAUAUGCAGUGGUGUCUAUGUGGUCAGCCUGGGGCUUUCAUGUGCCAAGCACGACCAGCAUCGUCACCCGUCUCUUUGCCAAGUCUGCCAGCUUCUACAACCCUCUCAUCUACUUCGGCAUGAGCUCCAAGUUUCGCCAGGAUGUCGCCGUGCUGCUGCCGUGCACGCGGGAACACAAGGAGGUGGUGCGUCUGCAGCACUUUCAGAACCUCAAACCCAAAGCUGAGGCCGCGCCUCCACCUGCGUACGUUCCCGUCCAGAACCUGGAGAUGAAGUACGCCGCGGGAGAGCUGAAGCAAUCCAACCAUGAGAGCGACUCGGGAGUCAACAGCCCUCCUCAGACUCCUCCGCUGGACACCCAGGAGGUCUUCCACAUCGACGUGCCCUCGCACAUUGAAACAUCAGAGUACUGGUGUGACAGACUCUGAAGACUGUUUCCAGUUCACUGGAACCGACACUUGAAUUAAAAGGGGAGAUUAAGAGUAUUUUUGUAUUUUUUGGUCUUGCCCAUGUUAAAAAAAUAUGUGUACCCAAUGUUAAUAAAUCAUUUUCAGAAUCUCUAGCUAGGAUUUCA